AUGCUAAACAGGCUGUUAGGCAACGAGAAGAGGAAGGCGAAGGGUCUCAUCAAAAUGUUUAGUAACCGCAGACGUUGUCAUAAAUUGACUAAAUUCCCCACUGUAGAUAGCAGGGUUAAUAAUAAGACUCAAUUUCCUGUGGGGAAACAUUCGCAGGCUCACAAAGGAAACGUGAAAAAGUUCAGGUUUAAGUCUCAUACAUGGUUGGUAAACGUUUGCACUGACCAAGCAGAUGUUUGCCCUGAUUUAAGUAAGAUAAAGCGAGGCUUUGCUUGCAUCGAGCAC